AGGAUGAGCUCCUAUGCUGACAUCUGCGGGUCCAAGCAGGGCAGCACCGAGGGAGGGUACCAGCGCUACGGGGUUCGGUCCUACCUGCAUCAGUUUUAUGAGGACUGCACAGCUUCAAUUUGGGAGUAUGAGGAUGAUUUUCAGAUCCAGAGAUCGCCUAGCAGGUGGAGCUCUACAUUCUGGAAGGUCGGACUCAUCUCCGGGACGGCUUUUAUGCUGAUAGGUUUAGCAGUUCUCGUAGUGGGUUUUCUUGUGCCACUGAAAAUCGAAGCUCUUGGGCGAGAUGAUUUCGUGGUGGUGGAUACCCGUGCCAUUCAGUUUAAUGGGUCCCUCGAUACAUGCAAGCUGGCAGGAGCAAUUUUGUUUUGCGUUGGAGGGUCCACCGUGGCAGCAUGUCUGCUGAUGUCUGCUUUUACUAAAAGUUACUCCAAAGAAGAAAAGUACCUCCAGCAAAGAUUUAAAGAGAGAAUAGCUGAUAUAAAACCCCAUGCAAACCCAGUCACGAAAGGGCCAGCACCAGGAGAAUCAAAGAUACCUGUCACUUUGUCCAAAGUUCAAAAUGUCCAGCCCUUGUCUGAAACCUGACCCUUUCCUUAGGUUUUGUUUCUCACUCGUAGAUCACUUUAACUAGAAAAUACCAGCUGUUGUUGGCGUACGUGCUAGUCGGUUACAACAUCAAGUACUCUGCUAUACAAACACAGCUGAUGGGGAAGCUGCUCUAAUAAAAUUUAGGAUUGAGGAAAAGGGAAAUUAUGUGAUUAGACCUGUGACCAAUAUAUUCAGUGUAUUUGAACAUUUUAAUCCGUGUUGAACCAAUAAGUCCUUGCAGCAACGGUUCGGUGUUUAGCUUAGCGGAUUGCAU